AUGAAGUUCACUCUUCCAACAGCGGCCUUCGCCCUCUCCUUGCUCGGUGCUGCUGAUGCCGCCCGAAUCGAGACCUAUGUCACCACGGGACCACAGAUUAUCCCUUACUAUACCUCAGCUUAUCUUGGUGAUGACGGUAAAUGGUACUCGCUUGGUGGCUUUAGAGACGGCUGUCGAAAGACCAAGUAUGAUUGGAUCAAGGAGAUCUGUAUUGACGACGCCAGGCUGAGGGCGCACAUUGUGUAUUCAGGUGGCACAAAGAAAUGCUUCAAGCGAACCAGUGACACAUCUAAGGCUUGUGGUGGCCCCGAGGGUUGCUGGCAAGGCGUGUGCCAGAGAUGCUGGACGUACGUCUACACUGCAACCAAGUGCACCUGGUGA